UGGUAGUCGUUGUAACUAACUUGUAGUUGUACAUAGAUUUGGUUAUACAGAGCAAGGAAUUUUAAGGGCCACGUUCUCUGUCAGUUAUUUUGCAUGUAUAUAUUUAUUAUAUAUUAUACGAGUUAAUUAUAUAUUACACAGGGAAGAUAAAAAGAGAACAUUAACACAAAUUUAUAUGGUUAAAUGAGUUAAAAUCCAAUGUACAACAAUGUUUCUGCCUCAAGUAAUGAAUACACUAAAGAAUCCAAUGCAUAGGCAUCAGCUAUAUUGGAGAUGUUUACAAAGUAUUCGGUCACAUUCAAAAAUAUUUUGUUAUCCCGAUAAUAAGAAGACAAAAAAGAAUUUAUAUAUAAUAGCUGCUAAUACACGACUAACCCACAGCUCUAAUGACGAACAAAAGGGAUUUCAUAGCCAAAAUGAUAAACGUCAACGAUAUGAGCAAUCUAAAAUCAUUAAUGCCAACCUGCAUGAAAAUUCAAUAAGCCAACUUCAUCAGAUUUAUUCUACUGUAAACCGUGAAUUUGGAAAACAACACAUAUCUUUCAUUUAUUCGGAGGAUACCACAACUCAUCCCCGCAAACAAAUAUGUACUAUUAAUGUAUCAUGGCCUGAGAAAAUGUCAUUCUCUGAAGCAGCGUCGUCGAAGAAAGCAGCUGGAUUACAUGCUGGAAGAAAGUGUUUGAUGUGGCUGAACCAAACUGGAAAUGUUAAAAAUUUAAUACCUGAACUUUAUACGCGAACAGAAAUUCAAUCUUUAUUAUUGAAUCAUUUUAAAAUAGAUCUUGAUUCAAAGUUUAACAAUGAAAUCAAAUUUAUGUUGGAGACAUAUUAUCAUGAAAUAGAACCUAUUAUAACAGAAUCGUCUAGUAUGGUCAUUGAUGGAAUUGAUUUGGAAGCAAAACAAACACCAUUUAUGAACUCAAGUGAAGAUCACGAGUUUCGUAAUCGUAGAUUAUAUUCGGAACUUGAAGACAGAAAAGAUUCAGAGAAGAAUCUUCCGAUUCAGCAAUAUAAAUCACAUAUACUUAACACUAUAGAGAAUAAUCAAGUCGUCAUAAUCAAAGGUGAUACUGGCUGUGGUAAAAGUACUCAAAUACCACAAUAUAUAAUGGAUUUAUACACAGAAAAACUUGAAUCGCACAAAUGUAACAUACUCAUAUCGCAACCUCGAAGAGUCUCAGCUGUAUCUUUAGCCAAACGUGUUGCUUCUGAGAGGAGAGAACGUCUUGGCCAUGUGGUAGGGUACCAUAUACGACUUGAGUCUGUAAUUCCACAAUCGAGUGGUUCAAUUUUGUUUUGUACAACUGGUAUAGCUUUACGAAGAUUACAACGUAAUGCAAUUUUAGAAAAUUUAUCGCAUAUAAUUAUAGAUGAAGCUCAUGAAAGAACAGUAGAAAUUGAUGUUCUGCUUGGCAUAGUGAAACAAUUAUUGAAUGAUAAACCAUCUCUGAAACUUAUAAUUAUGUCAGCAACUAUAAACGUAGACAUAUUACAAAAAUACUUUUCCUGUGAUGUAAUUGAGAUACCUGGACAGAUAUAUCCAGUAAAAACACAUUUUUUAGAGGAUAUUAAGAUCUUUAAACAGCAUAAUCUCAGUAAAAUGUUGAAGGAAAGUGAAACUCCUCUUGACGAUACAGCAGAAUUAAUACGUUGGAUUAUCGAAAAUAAACCACUUGGUGGUAUUUUGUGUUUUCUACCAGGUUGGAGUGAAAUUCAAAUACUUAGAAAGACAUUACAAUAUCUACAGAAUUAUAAUGUACAUAUAAUUCCAUUUCACUCAAAAUUAACGAAUCUGGAACAACAGGAAGUUUUUAAAACUCUUCCCCCCGGUUCUCAAAAAAUCAUUUUGGCCACAGAUAUCGCUGAGAACAGUAUUACUAUUCCAGAUGUUAAGUAUGUUGUUGAUACUGUCCGUAAGAGAAAUUUAAUUUGGGAUGAACGUACAUCUAUAUAUAAUAUAUGCACUCAUUGGGUAACACGUGCAAAUAUUAAUCAAAGAAAAGGAAGAGCUGGUCGCGUUUCACCUGGUGAAAGUUAUCACUUGAUAACAGAAGAUAUGUAUCAUCAACUACCAUCAUUUCCAGAGCCCGAAAUACGCAGAAUAUCGUUAAAUGAAUUAAUUGUUACUAGUAAAAGAUUCGGUAAUGAAAAUGUACGAGAUUUCUUUAGUAAAAUGAUUGAACAACCUAAAAAAAGAUCAGUAUCUAAUGCUAUCGAAACUUUGAUGAAACUUAAUAUUCUGGACGAGAAUGAAAAUCUCACUCCUUUAGGGAUACGAAUAGUGUAUUUCUCAAUGGAUGUUAGAUAUAGUAAAGCGUUAAUACUUUCUUGUAUUUUUCAAUGUUUGAGUCCUAUGUUGUCAUUAAUCACAAUGCUUUCCACUACAACCGAAAUGAAUACUACUUCGUUGAUGUCAAAGUCGGUCAGAAAGGAUAUAAAACAUACGUUUCACAGUACAAGUGAUCAUAUCGCUUUGAUACGGUAUUUUAGGAAUUCCGUGUCGGAUCAGCAAAACUCAACAAAAUUUCAUAACAACGCGAAUAAGAAUGACAAUUCUCGGAAAUUAUGGAAUAUAUACAAUUUACAUAUAAAUGACCUUAUAAAUUCUAAAAUUCUACUUUCUGCGGAUGACUGUGAACAUUUAAAUACAAAUGCUAAACAUUCAGAACUACUUCGAGCUAUUUUAUUCUCGGCCAGCAAUCAAUUAUUAAAUGUUAAACCUUUUGGAUUUAAACGUGGGAUCUUUACAAAAACUAUAAACACAAUAGUUUCCGAAAAAAAUACACAGGUUGCAAUAUCACCUGAUAGUGUAAAUAGUAAAAGAAAAAAUUGGCCAAGUCCAUUUUUAACGUAUUUUCACCAAGUUGGUCAAGAUGGAAGGAAAUCUUCGAUUUCAGAUACAAGUUUACUUUCACCACUGUCGGUGGUGUUAUUUAGCCAGAAUGAAAUCACUUGUGACUGGGUAAAAUAGUUUUAUAUAUUUUAAUGUCUAUAUAUGAUAAA